UCUCUCCUUACGUAUUGGGCGAUUGUGGAGUUGAAGAAACAAAAGCAGAGGAAAAUUUUCAAUAAAAACGGUGGUGACAUACUAAAGGACAUGGGCAUUAACAUUUUCACAGAAUGCGAGCUGAAAAAAGUGACAGACGGCUACAAAAAGGUCAUCGGCGAAGGCGCAUUUGGCAAGGUCUACAAGGGAACAAUCAAAGGCGCCGAACAAGUCGCCGUUAAAUGCUCCUUCACGAGAAGUAAGGCGCCUUGCCAUUAUGAGUUCCGGAACGAGAUCAUCUUCCAGUUUCGUAUUAACCACGCGAACGUGGUCCGCCUCAUUGGGUGCUGCCUGGAGACGGAUGUCCCCAAGCUUGUCUUCGAAUUCGUCCCCAAUGGAAGCCUCUACGAGCUGCUUCAUGUCAGAAGGGAUCAUGGGCUGUCGCUGCCGACGCGUCUGCACAUCGCCAUCGGCUCUGCGGAAGCUCUCUUCUACAUGCACUCGCAGGGUGGCCACAACAACCAUGUCCACGGGGACUUCAAGUCUGGAAACAUUCUCCUCGACAACGACCUCACGCCCAAGGUCUCCGACUUCGGAUCAUCCAAGCUCGUGUCCAUCGUCAGUGGGUACGCCAAGUGGUGUGUGUCAGGAGACAUGAACUACAUUGAUCCCAUGUACUUGAAGACUGGCUGUUUCACAGAGAAGAGCGAUGUCUACAGCUUUGGGGUAGUUCUGUUGGAGCUUAUCACGAGGAAGACGGCCAAGUACGACGGGAGCAACAGCCUUACCAUAAACUUCGUCAAGUCCUGUAAGGAGGAGGGCCACGGGAGGGGGAUGUACGACCCAGAGAUGCUGAUGUCUGACGAUGCUCAAGCUCACCAUUACAUGGAGUGCCUGCACAGGAUCGGCACGCUUGCGGUGCAGUGUCUCAAGGAAGAUGUGGAUGAGAGACCGGCCAUGGCACAAGUGCUGAAGCAGCUUAAGCAAGUGCAGGAAAUAGCUUGCGGAGAUGCAAGUUAAUGAAAAAAGGAACGUAGAUGCAACAAGUAAU